AUAGGGGUUUCAUGUGUGGUUCGGUUUAUAGAGCUGCACGCUCCACGUGACUCUUUCGUGUUGUGAUUUCUCUCUCUCUGCCUAUAGGAUUUUUAUGGGUCAGGUCAGUUACAACGAAUUGGAAUCUAACACCCGCUGACCCAAUGACCAAUUUAUCGGCUAAUAGCUAAUGUUCAACACCAUGCAAACAUUUUGCUGAAACCCCGAGAGGUUGUUUUUGCUGGUAGAACUCUCUUCUGCUGACGUUGUAGAUCUGUACUGUUGUUGAGGCGAUGGCAAUCGGUGGAGCAGUUUGUUGAACUGCCAACACACGCGAAAUCGUAAUGCGAGGCUAAAUUUGCGAGGAUCAGCUAAAAUUAGUGGUUAAAAAAUGUAUUUGGGUUUAAGGAAUGGUUAAUGCUCUAAUGGGAGAGGAUAUAGAUAGAAUCUGGUGAAAAUAAUGCUUGGAUGAAGAGAUUGUUUAAGAAUUGGUCAGUGAUCUAUUCGCAUAGGACACGGGAAACAACCCUCUCAUUAGAAAUAGCGAGAAAAAGCUGAACAGCUGAUGGAAAGGGUUUUAUUAAAAAGUGGAAAGAAUUAUGCUAGAAUAAAUCGAAUUUUAAUGAGAAAUCCUCAAAUGUUUCACUAGUACUGGAUAGGCAAAAGAAUCAUCUGGAAUUCCCAGUCCUUUGAAACCCUAUCCAGAAAGAACCCUAUCCCCCUUAAAUCCAUACAGAAGAUUUUUUAAAUAAAUGAUAGAGCUUCAAAGAUCAUCUAAAAUCAAUAACCAACCACAAAACUGCCCAAAUUUGUAUAGAACUUUCUUUAAUGAAAGCGUAUGGCCAUUUCCAUUUGAAAACCCUCUCGAUCAGGUCGACGUUGCAUUCGUUUUUAUUCCGUCAUGUGAUUUGCAAGCGAAUGAAACUCCAAUUACGAGUACCAGUGCAAUAAACCAGCAAAACUUCUGCUACCCCAAAAACACUACCAAAAAGAAGGAGAGAAGGAAAAGAUUGGGAAAGACACUACGAAGAACUCUGUUGGGUAAGACGUGAUAUAGAGGAGAGCUCCAGAGUAUAUAAAAGAAGUAUCGAACAGAAGCGGAAGUUAGUAAGCGGAAGAAAAUGGAUAAAUAUUCACAGUGCUGGAAGAUUUGGCUGUGGCUUUGGAUGGCCUCUGCACUUUAUGGUGUUUCAGCAAGUGAGGAUCGGACCAUCAGGCUUCCUGCAGCUGAGGAGCCGUCUCUUGGCUUUUCUGGAGCUAAGGAUCUGGCCUUACCCAUCUCCGUGGCUUCAGCAGUCGUAGAUCAAAAGAAGAAACCUCCUCCAGUGGAUCUACUCCAUCGAUCCAAGAGAACUCUGACCACCAUCUGCGUGGAGAUCAAGCCAAGUGGACCGCUGGAGGAGCCCUACUACAUGUGCAAGGGCGAGAAUUUCGGAACUGAGAACAAACAAAGUUGCGUGGAAUUCAAGCCAGGUGGCGCCCAGGGAGAGCUCUACUACAUGUGCAAGGGCAACGAUUUUGCAAGUGGAAAUGAUCAGGGGAUACCAGCGAAUCAGCCCUCCCAAUUUGGGUUUCCUUCCCAGAAGCAGGCGCCACCAGCUGUAGCACCUCUCUAUCAACAACAAGCUGCACCGAUUGCCCAUACCUUUCCAUCGUUUCCCGCCUUUGGAGGCGGGUUAUUUCCAAACCAACAGCAGUACGAGGAACCCAGGAGGGAAACGCCAACGACGACAUAUCAGGAGCAGCGUCCGAAUCAACAGGGGCCCGAAAAUCCCCAGCAGCAGCCCUACAAUGCUCAGCAGAAACUCCAAAAUCCUCAGCAGCCGCCACAAUAUCCGCAAGAGCAGCCCUACAAGCUCCAACAGCAGCCCCAAAAUGCUCCUCAGCAGCAGCUCCAAUAUCCAGAGUACACUCCUCAACAGCCCCACCAGCCUCAACAGCAAUUUGGAUACUCUGGCGGCACCAUGGCUCCCACUCCGUCUGCAUCUCCUGCGCAGUCAUAUGGCCUGCCAGCAAUUUCUCGCGAAAAUCCAGGCAGCCCGCCAGCACUUCAAUACGGAGCUCCUGCAGGCCCAGGCCCAACGGCCACGACCACUGCAUAUAAUCCUGCAGCAGCUCAGAAGUCGGCGGCAGCUGCAAAACCAACGCAGGGACAGCAGCAGUCGAUUCCCUCGUACGAAACUCCAGUGGUAGGAAGUCGUCAUCAGCCUGGAUUGGAUGGGGAUGUGGUGGGGAUGCCCAGACUGGGUUUCCAACCGGAGGAAUUCAGACAGCAGUAUCGCGGUUCCAUGGGAGAGCCACCGAUGCAGCAGCAGGAGCUGGCAGAGCCACAAAUGGUUUGGUUACCUCCUUCGCCAGUGGCUGAGCAACACGAUGAUCCCGUAAUGAGAAGCUUUUACAAGAGCCUGGCUUCACAACCAACAGUAAGAGCAGAAGGAGUAACAGUAGGAGCAGCACCACCAACAGUAGGAGCACCACCACCACCGCUAAGGCCACCACAUCUCAGCAAAGUGCAACCUGUACCUCCUAUGGAACCGUUAGUGGGUCAAAGCUAUCAGCCAUCCUACGGCCAAUACCCAGAAUCUCAGGCUCCGCCAACAUUGCCCCCGCCUCCUUCUGCAUAUUCCCGACCAGAAGUGCCUCCAUCCACCUUGGAACCCUCAACAAAUGGCUACAAUUCCUACUGCAAUGGAUGCAAUGUUCCGCCCAUACCCCGCCAAUGUCCAGCGGAAACUGGAGUCAGCUACAGCACAAUGUGUCCCAGUUUUCAGCCUGUUAUUAUAGCCAUGCCCUGCUACGAACAGCAGCCCACGCAUUAUCUGGCCGUGCCAAAUAUAGUUCCAAACGGAGGCAGGAUUCCGAGCACGUAUGGAAAUGAGAUGCCUGGUGGGAGUCCCUAUGGAUCGUCAUUUGGUAUGCAUCAACAGGUGGGAAGUCCGUAUGGUACGGCCCAGCAGGUGGGCAGCACAUACGGAGUGAAUCAGCAGGUGGGCAGCCCCUUCGGAGCGAGUCAGCAGGUAGGAAGUCCUUUUGGAAUGGCAACACAGGUUGGACGUCCUUUUGGACCAAAUCAACAGGUUGGAAUUCCUUUUGGAGCAAAUCAACAGGUUGGCAGUCCUUUUGGAACGAAUCAACAGAUGGGUAGCUCCUUCGGCAAUCCACUUCAGGUGGGCAGUCCCUUCGGAAAUGCUCCACAAUCUGGCAGCCCCUUCGGAAUGUCACCACAGAUGGGUAGUAAUCCCGGAUUCAACAUGAAUAUGGGCGCACAAGUGGGCAGCCCUUUUGUCCCGAAUGGCCCCCAAGUUGGUGCAGGCUUCGGAAUGGGUCUGAACCCGUUUGGCCCAUUCGGAAGCCUGAAUCCGUUUAAUCCAUUCAACAGAAUUCUGGGCGCUGCAGCUCCCACAACACCACAGCCCCAAAAGAAUGGAUUCCAGCGCAUUUUCCAGUUUGACAGCUCCUCGACAACAACAGAGGCACCAUCCUUGGGCUCAACUGUUCAGCAAUCUUCGGAAAAGUCGGGGAAACUGAACUUUUCCAGCAGCACACCGACGGCAGCUCCGAGCUCUGCUUCAUCGGAGCCUAGCUUGGGGGCUUCCCUCGCGGGCCCUGCCGAAGAGGAUGAACGCGAGGAGGAUGAUGAGGGAGAAGACGAAGACCAUAUGGGGACCACAACUGCAUCCACAAGUGAAGCUGAUACUUCUGUAGGCGCCUCUCUCGAGGUUAUACCCUUGGGGAAGCUCACUGCCAAGGACCUCAUGAACAAGGCCGAGGAGAGUCUCAAGACGGACGACGAGAAUCCAUCGAAGAACGAAAAGCGCAAACGCCACAAUUCCCGAACCAACAAGGGGAUUAACCAGAAGCGAAAAUAUCUCCAGCAACUGUAGAAUUUUACUGAAAUUUU